GACUCCUGUAGCGUAUAAAUCCUCCUCUUCUGCCAUUUUUUUCUUGACUCGUUUUCUUCCGUUUCUUCAGAAAAAAAGAAAAAAAAGAAAAAAAAAAAUCUUUGAAUCUCUCUCCGAUCGCAAAUUUCUCCGAGGAAAACCAUCGAUUCCGUACGUGUAAGACAAUUGGGAAACCAAACCCAUCAUGCACAGAUCAAGAUCAAACGGGAAGGUAAUUCAAGAUCUUGAGCUAAGGCUAGGGCCUUCUUUUCCACCCAAAGGAAGGAUGCUAGCUUCUAGUUAUGCAAGGGGUUUUCCCAAUCUGAUCACUAUUGAAGAUGACGACGACGAUGACGUGCAAAUACUGUUUCCAAGCUCGCCUGCUGAGGCACUUAGGUUGUUUCCUUGUUCGAGUUCAUGGGUACCCAUCAUUUCUGAAGAAGAUUUAGAACUCCGGCUUGGAGUCAAAGGUUAUCUGACACAUUGCUUUUUCACACAUGAUGGUUUUUCUGGGAAUUCAAGUGGAAGCAUGAUAAAUGUACCUGAUGAUGGAGCGAAAGACCCUUCACAGGUUAGGACAUGCUUAAAGAGGAAGUUUGGACAGCAAUCUAGCAACCAUAGUACAUUGGAGGAAAAGGAGGUUAGGCUGAGAUGCGCGAUCUGCAUGGACACAAUGAAGGAGGAGACGUCAACCAUCUGCGGCCACAUCUUCUGCAAAUACUGCAUUACCAAUGCCAUCCGGGUCCAGAAGCGGUGCCCGGCCUGCCGAGAGAAGCUCUCCCCAGCCAAUAUCCACCGCAUCUAUCUCCCAGGGGCCACCUCUUGACCCCUGACUGCCUUCUGAUCCACCCGUAAAAAAUUUUCUGAAAUCUCUGUACAAUUGGUGGGGCAAGCAUUUAUGAGAAGAGGUAUUGAACAAUUCUCGGGCUGAGAGACGGCUUCGUGUUGUCCAGACUUUCACUUUGUGCAAAAGGGGUCCAUUGUUCAGUGAUCCAAGGCGUUUGUAUGAUGGGCCGACUGUGUAUUGUUGGUGCUGAAAAAUCUCAAUUUUUCAGUAGCUUGGGCGCACAGAAAGGUCGAGAAAGAAAAUGUAGGAAUAGUUCCCAUUCAACCAACAAAAGGCCAAAUACUCAAUAGAUAGCUUCUCCUAAUAUGGAGGCGUUCUUGUGUGUAUGGGCCAUCCACUGCUACGGCCAGCAUACCAAUAGUUUAGAUUACUGAACCACAGGCCCCACUUGUACAAUCUGAAAGCCCGAAUGUACUGUAUAAACCCUCGGCCCGAGCAUUGUAUAAUAUCUCUUUCGAUGAAGGCCGUUUUUUCUGUUUGUAUGGGAGUCUCUGAUAUUGCAAAAGAGGACUUCCUGUAAUCUUUGCGGAGAUUAAUUUCUGCUAAAAGGAUUGUUUUGAGAGAGAGAGAGAGAGAGAGAGAGAGAGAGAUUAUCAGUUCUCUGAGAAGUCUUGGAUUAGUUCCCAAAAUGUGGAUGUGAUGUCUUUUUACAUCAGGAAUGCCUUGUGAUGUGAAAUAAAUACAUUUACUGGAUAUUUCUUGACCA